GCUGACAGAUUAGUAAACUUUUUUGAGCGAACCAUCGAACAAUAGAGAAGCAUCUAGAAACAGGAAGCUUAAACGUAUCCACGGCUGUGAUCAAAUGCAGCAAUAUCGCUUUGCGUCUUCCCUCCAUUCACAACGACUCUUUUGAUCAAUUGAUUGCAGUGAUCAAAUCAACGUUAAUCAAUGGCGGAGCACUUAGCGUCGAUAUUCGGGACGGAGAAAGACAGGGUAAACUGCCCGUUUUACUUCAAGAUUGGAGCUUGCCGGCAUGGUGACCGAUGCUCUAGACUCCACACCAAGCCAAGCAUUAGCCCUACGCUUUUGCUUUCCAAUAUGUAUCAACGGCCUGAUAUGAUCACCCCUGGCGUCGACGCUCAAGGCAACCCCAUCGAUCCUCGCAAGAUUCAAGAGCAUUUCGAGGAUUUCUAUGAGGAUUUAUUUGAAGAACUAAGCAAAUAUGGAGAAAUUGAGAGUCUGAAUGUCUGUGACAACCUUGCUGACCACAUGGUGGGGAAUGUAUAUGUUCAGUUUAGAGAGGAGGAGCAUGCUGCAAAUGCCCAUCGGAAUUUGAGCGGAAGAUUUUAUGCUGGUCGUCCGAUCAUUGUUGAUUUCUCCCCAGUGACAGAUUUCCGGGAAGCCACCUGCAGGCAAUAUGAGGAGAAUUCAUGCAACCGUGGUGGCUAUUGCAAUUUCAUGCAUCUAAAAAGGAUCAGCAGGGAGUUGAGGCGACAAUUAUUUGGGAGGUACCGACGAAGGCGUAGUCACAGCCGCAGUAGAAGCAGAAGUCCUUACAGGCAUCGCAGCCAUGAAGAUUAUCACUAUGGUGGUCGCAGUUCUGGUAGAGGAUAUGAUGAUCGGGAGCGCUAUUAUGAAAGUAGGAGCAGGCGACACAGGACUAGAAGCCCUGACCGCAGGAGAGGGCGAAGUCGAAGCCCUGUUAGGGAAGGCAGUGAGGAGAGACGUGCUAAAAUUGCCCAAUGGAAUUUGGAAAGAGAACAGCAGCAAGAAAGUGCAAAUAAGGUCAAUACUGACAAUAGCAAUGGUGGUGGUUAUAAUGGCUAUAUGCAAAAUGGUAAUCAGGAUCAUGGACAUCGGCAGUCUUCACCACCACAAGGAGUAUAUUGAUAUUUGAUCGAUUUUUGGAUAUCUGGUAUGAUGUACAGGUUCACAGUUUAAUUCUUCUUUUUCACUAGAUGGAAUUUCAAUGAAUUAGAUUUAUGAGAACCGCUUGUCAUAUGGAAUGUGAAAAUGUCUUUUGCAUCUCUUACCUGCAUUCAUAGUGGUUGACUGUGUGAUCGAGUGCAUAAUGACCUCCUUAAUGUUGUUGACCAAGGUUUUGUUAAUUGGCAUCAGUAACCAUAGGUCAUCCCAUGAUCAUGAUUGCAUUUUCAAAUUUAAAUCUUUUCAAAUUGAUUGUUUCUGUAUUAACUACUCUAAGGCUGAUAAAACUUUUUGUUAUUUUCAUUUACAGUUUCAAAUUGUUCAGGAAAUCAAUUAAAACUUUUCUUCUUAUGCACCAGUAUUUUGUUAGAAGAUACCGAUUUAUCAAAGAAUGUAAAUGUGGCCACUUUUGAUGCUUGUUUUGAUUGUAUGCAUUUGCGAAUUUCAUUGCAUUCUUGACCCUUGCUUUUAAUGUGUUUAUAUGCAUUACAGUCGGGGAUUCUAUAUCUACCAUCCAUCUCACAUUCAGGCUAGUGAACAAUCAAUUGUAUGGAUUUUGUUCCCACGAACUAUCUUUUUUUAUGUUAUUUUACCAAUAAUAUUUAGGACUUAGUUGAGCUCACAUAUUUGAUUGAGUUUUGCAGGUUCAGGUAUCCCUGUUUGUCAAGAUCAAGCCUUUAUUUUAAUACCACCUUACUGUGAAAUUUGUGCACAGGUUGUUGGGUAUGCUGUUCGAGGACGGAGCUCACAGGAUCUCUUGGAUUACAUUUCAAAAGCGUUGAGGACAGGAUUGCUCUCCUACUUUUUAGGAUAUCUCAUUAGUUUUGCCAGUGAUUGGUGUUUUUGCAGGUUAGGAGUUGUAGCUAUAUAGAGUCCAUCAGACUAGCCAAACACUCAAGUUUGCUGUGUUGAGUCGUUGUUCUUAUAUUUUUCUUUAGCAAUCUUGUCAUUACUUUGAAAACUAUUUUCUUCUAUAUUUCGUUUUAUUGCUUUUUAAACCAA